AGAAAAAUGAAGCAGCUAUUCUUGGGGUUGCAGGCUACGCACAGGCGAUUACAGACAUUCUAACUUCGCUAGGACUUCCUCUCACCCUCGAGAGACAAUCGCUGCUCGAACACACGCUCUCUCUCCAGGAGCAGCUCAAUUCCUCUAACGCAUCUCUCCUCUCGGAGCAAGAACGAGCAGAUGCCGCAGUGCAAGAGGCCGAGACGCUCAAGUCGUCGUGGACAUGUAGGAUAUGCCUGAACUCCGAAGUGAAUUCCCUCCUCGUCCCCUGCGGCCAUGUCCUGUGCCAUAGCUGCUGCUCCUCGCUCUCAAGGUGCCCGUUUUGCCGCCAGUUUGUCACCUCCAUCCACCGAAUGUUUCGACCUUAGCUCAGCAGUCUCGUCGCGAUUGGAGACUCCAGCUUGGCCCGAGAAUAGUGCACACGAAAGCUCAAACUCACAGCCUUAGUCGUUAGGUUUCAUGGCCGCAUGACAGUCCCAAGCAUCAUCUUCAUGGAUUCGUUGGAGCUGGCGAUUGAUCGUGAUCCGGGCCGAGAGAAAGGCACCUCCAUCCGUGCUUGACGAGAGCAAAAACUAUCGACCGCGAUGGCGCAAAUGUUCUACAACCAGCUGGGAAGCACAGGCCUCAAGGUGAGCGCUCUUGGCUAUGGAUCCUGGGUGAGCUUUGGGAAUCAAAUGGAGACCAAGGAAGCCAAGGUGCUCAUGGCCAAGGCCCGAGAGUUUGGCAUCAACUUCUUCGACAGCGCCGAGGUGUACGCCAAUGGCCGGGCCGAAGAAAUCAUCGGGGAAGUUGUCAAGGAACUUGGGUGGCGGAGAUCAGACCUGGUGAUCACCACCAAAGUUUUCUGGGGAGGAGCCGGUCCCAACGACAAGGGCCUCUCGCGGAAGCACAUAAUCGAGGGGACCAAAGGCUGCUUGGAGAGGCUCCAGAUGGACUACGUGGAUAUCAUGCUGUGUCACAGGCCGGAUACCUCCACUCCGAUCGAGGAGACAGUGAGAGCUAUGAACUACAUUGUGGACAAUGGCUGGGCCUUGUACUGGGGGACGAGCGAAUGGAGUGCUCAGCAGAUCACCGAGUGCUGGGAGAUUGCCAGGAGGCUGGGGAUGAUGGGGCCGAUGGUGGAGGAGCCCGAGUAUAAUCUUCUCGCGAGAGAAAAGGUGGAGGUGGAGUUUCUUCCGUUGUACCAAAACUAUGGCUUGGGAGUCGCGACUUGGAGUCCAUUAGCAUCGGGGGUCUUGACGGGGAAGUAUAGCAAAGGAGUGAUCCCAGCGGACAGCCGGUUUGCUCUCGACAACUACAGUAACUUGGCGAGUCGAUCUUUGCUUCCAGACGUCUUGGGCCGAGUUGACAACUUGAAACCCAUCGCCAGAGAGCUGGGGAUCUCACUGGCGCAGCUGGGGAUAGCGUGGUGUGCCUCGAAUCCAAACGUGAGCACUGUGAUCACUGGAGCUACGAAAGAAAGCCAGCUCGUGGAGAAUGUCAAGGCGCUGGAGGUGAUCCAGAAGCUAACUCCGGAGCUCAUGGACAGAAUCGAGUCGACCAUUUUGAGCAAGCCAAAGAAACCCGAAGUGUUUAGAUAGAACAGGCUUAUAUAUAUAAUAGCUAUCCUUUUCUUCGUUACGGGGUUUUAGGGUUCUUCG